UCUCUCCACUGCUCAGCCUUCCUUUUAUCCCUCCAAGUAUCCGGACCAAAAAACUACCACAUUCCCGAGGACUUUUUUUUACCCCCUCUUACCGCUUCCAUUCAUUCCUCAGCACCAAAAGAUCCGGUGGACCACCUGAACAUUCCUACUUCCUGGUUAUAUCGGUCAUUUUUGUUAAACUUGAGCGUCUCCGUUGUCCAUACUUCGGACGGAUCUUUCCUUUUUAAUUUUUCGUCCAUUCAAACAUUAGAGUCAAGUGUUUUCCUUUGUUGAACUGUACUACUUUUUAAACAAAACUAUUCAAACGGACUGUUGUAAGGCACGUUUUUGCAUCGCUUUCCCCUCCGUCCACGUGUAGUGUAAAGUUAAGUCGUGAAAGCAGUCGACAAUGGCAGGUUUGAACUCUCUGGAUGCUGUCAAGAGGAAGAUCCAGUGUUUGCAGCAGCAGGCGGACGACGCCGAAGACCGGGCUCAGAUCCUGCAGAGGGAGCUGGACAGUGAACGAGAGCUACGGGAGAAAGCAGAGGGUGAUGUCGCUGCUCUGAACCGUCGCAUCCAGCUGGUGGAGGAGGAGUUGGACCGGGCCCAAGAGAGGCUCGCUACAGCGCUGCAAAAACUGGAAGAGGCCGAAAAGGCUGCAGACGAGAGCGAGAGAGGCAUGAAGGUGAUCGAAACCCGAGCAAUGAAGGAUGAGGAGAAGAUGGAGAUUCAGGAGAUGCAGCUGAAGGAGGCCAAACACAUUGCGGAGGAGGCUGACCGUAAAUACGAAGAGGUGGCUCGCAAACUGGUGAUCCUGGAGUUGGAUUUGGAGCGAGCUGAGGAGAGGGCCGAACUCUCAGAAUGUAAAGCAAGUGACUUGGAGGAGGAGCUGAAAAAUGUCACCAACAACCUCAAGUCCUUAGAAGCCCAGUCAGAGAAGUACUCAGAAAAGGAGGACAAGUACGAGGAGGAGAUUAAAGUUCUUACUGAUAAACUGAAGGAGGCUGAAACCCGUGCAGAGUUUGCAGAGAGAACAGUGGCCAAACUGGAAAAGUCCAUUGACGACCUGGAAGAUGAGCUGUAUGCUCAGAAGCUGAAGUACAAGGCCAUUAGUGAGGAGCUGGACCAUGCCCUCAAUGACAUGACGUCUCUGUAGACGCGCUUGGCUCUUUUUCUUGCUCAAAUUCAUCCUCUCAACGUGCCUUCUGUCCAUCUCAUGAAACGCCAAUUAAAAGCUUUCUCUUUCCUACGUAGUAGCUUGUUUCCCACAUCAUUCAUGCUCGCAUAUUCAUGUCAAACAGCACCAGUGAUGUAACUCAAACUGUUUUACACUCUUGUGCAAGCGAGUUGACAAAGACUAUAUGUUGCCUAAGGUGAGACUGUGUGAGUGGUUUAUUUUUUCCCUUCGACCUAAUUUUGUUGGUUUUAUGAACACUGAACAGUCACAAGAUUACUCUUGCAUUUUCUAAAUCCAUAUCCUCAAUAUUAAAGUGUACUUCUGAUUGAAAUUGUCAGAGAGCUUAUUCUUUGAAACAUAUUUGGGUUUAUGUGGUUGCAGUUUUACUGGAAACAUUUUUUGCCAGUGAUUCAUAAGUUUCACAAAUUUCAGUCUGAUUCUUUUAUAUGCUGAAAAACAAUAGCAAGCGUUUAGAUUUUAAAGAAUAUUUUGUAGAAAAGUCAAGUUUACAAUGAUGACCCAUCUCAUGCUUAUCAUGCAGUGUUCUUUUUGGCAGCCCUGUUAAUUUUUGGCUUAGUCUUAAGUCUCUUGGACGAAAAUACUAAGGCUAUAAGUCGUCGUCAUAUUUUAGUCAUUAUCUGGGUCUUUGCAGAAGACCCAGAUAGUGUUAUUCUGUUUUUUUUUUUUUUUAUUUAUUAUUGAAUGGAACCGUUUGACCGAUCGGCAUCGUUCGAAUAUCGAAACAACCGGAAUUUUCACCCAACGCAGGGAAUUUUUCGAACGGCCCCGAAAAAUUUUCCAUUCGCCUGUAAUCGCCGAUUUUUCACCCAAUUUUUCACCCAAUCGCCGAUUUUUCACCCGAUUUUUCGGAAAAAAUUUUUUUUUUUUUCAAAAUGUAUUUAGUCGUACAAUUUUGACCAAAUCAAGUAAUUUGGACAGCAAAAAUUCCGGGACGGUGAGGGGCAUAAAAGUUGUAUACAGAAUUUGGAAAAAAUUUACAGUUCCCUGGAAAUUUGCCAAAAACUUUUCCGUUCAUUUUUAAUGAGAUGCAUAAUUCAGAUUUCCCAUUCACUUCUAAUGGAAAUUCCAAUGGAAUUUACAUUGCAUUGAUGCCAUUGACAGCCAUGUAUGUCGAAUCUAUUGAUGCCAAUGUACUUGGAUUCCACUGACGCAUAUGUAAGUCGAUGCCAUUGACAGCCAUGGACGUCCAAUUUCCCAUUCAUUUCCAAUGUUAUUCGCAUUGCAUUGACGCACAAGUACACAAUUGCAAAUGAGGGCUCUGCGCGUCCUUGCCAUUGACGUCCAUGUACUGUAUGUCGAUUCUCUUGAUGCCAAUGUACUUGGAUUCCAUUUACGCAUAUGUAAGUCCACGCCAUUGACGGCCAUGGACAUCCAAAUUUCCUAUUCAUUUCCAAUGGCAUUUACAUUGCAUUGAAGCCAAUUUACGUACUUGGAUUCCAUUGACGCAUAUGUAAGUCGAUGCCAUUGACGGCCGUGGACAUCCAAAUUUUCCAGAAACAAUGUUCUCAAAUCAACUGGAAAUGAACAGAUAUCAAUAGAACGUGUCCCCCAAAUGGACGCAUAUGUAACUCGAUGCCAUUGACGCCCAAAUUUUUUCCCAUUCAUUUUCAAUGGCAAAGAACAAUGUCCCCAAAUCAACAGGAAGUGGCCUGAUAUCGUCCCCCGAAAUGUCCCCAAACCAACCUGGGUGGGGUUAAGAUCUCUAUCUCCACACAGCAAAGACCCAGAGUAAUUUCUCUAGAAAUUGCAGUUUCUAGUUUAAAAAUGUGUUCGUCUUCAUCUAGUUUUAGUCAACUGUUACUCAAAAUGUUUUCGUCUUUAAAAUUCAAACGUUUUAGUCCAAAAAUAAAUAAAGGCUUCCAACAAUUUUGAAUGUACAUAAACAGACUAGCACAUAUUAUAGCAUAUACAAGGACAAUGCCAACUAUGUGAUGGUAAUACACGCUCCGCUAGAGAAGCAGUAAAUUAAUUUCAAUUAAACCCCCCGAGAUGCCACAGAAUGUACAGUAUGUUUUUUAAAAAAAUUAUUCGAGCGUUUAAUAGGAUGCUCGCCACGUUAAAGUUGAUGCUAAUUCUAACGCGAUUGCUAUGCUAACGCGACGGGUUACAUUUAGUGUGUGAUGAUCACUCAGCAUAGACCCUUUAAAGACUAAAGCAACAUUGCAUAUUCUCUCUUGCCAAGAUAAGAAAGCAAAUCUUGCCAUGUGUUUCCAAACAAGCAGAGAUGCAGCGCGGCCUAGCUUGAAACACAUCCUCAACUCCGGUGAGGAAGAGGUGCACCACAUCUCACAUGAGUGACAUGACCCAAACACUGCUAUGAUGCAAGCUGAUGUACUCCACGUACAAUAUGAAAAUGUCACGCAUUGUGAACAUAUGACAGGAACUGUCACAUCUUUGUUUUUUUCGUCUCGACAGACAAAAACUGGCAUUUGUCUCGUUAUCUUUUAGUCUAAAAGCUCGACAUCGUCAGGUAAAAUUGUUCGUCGACAAAAUAUUUUCAUUAUCGUAAUUGUUGACGAAAACAACACAGGGCUAAUUAAAUAACCACUGAGACAAAUCAAUUCAAAAUGCUAUUUGCAGUCAAGACUGAAGUAUGAAAUAAAAUUUUUAAAAAAUGGAUUAAUACCAGUGUUGUUUUUGGCAACCAUUUUAAUUUUCGUUGUAGUCUUGGUCUUUUGGACGAAAAUACUUAUUACUCUUAGUCAUAUUUUAGUCAUUUCAAAAUGUGUUCGUCUUCGUCUCAUUUUAGUCAACAAAAACUCAGAGAAAUUUCAUCUAGUUUUAGUCAACAAUUCUCAAAAUGUUUUUUGUCUCUAAACGUCAAACGUUUUAGUCCAUGAAUAAAUAAAAGAAUAAAAGGUUUCCAACAAUUUCGAAUGAACAUGACAGACGAGCACAUAACUGUAGUCUAAAAGGACAUCACCAUUUUCAUGAUGAUAAUACACACUCAGCAGGAAAACAGUAUACUAUUUGCAAUUUAUUAAACUCACCUGGACGCCAUGAACUGCUUGUAAAAUGUUUUCCAAGAAUUUAAGAAGACAGUCACUGCACUAAAUGCUAACGCAAUGCUAACGCUACAAGUUAGUUUAGCGUGUGACGAUCACUCAGCAUCGACCUUUAAAGGCUAAAGCAACAUGGCAUAUCUUGCCAAGAUAAGAAAGCAAAGCUUACCAAGCAGCACAUGACAAUUAUGUUUUACUGGUGAGUAAGCCUGUGCCCAUUCCAGCACGUCACAUGAGUGACACGACCAAACAGUGCUAAAUGCAUUGUAACUACUCAUACAAUAAGAAAAUAUCACAUAAUGUGAAUAUUUGACGGCAACUAUGACGAAUUUUCAUCUCGUUCUCGUGUCGUCAGACGACAACUGGCAUCCAUCUCAUUAUGUUUUUGUCUCCCAAAACACGUUUUCAGCACGUCAUCAUAACGUCAUCGUCAUGAAAAAAAUGGUUCGUUGACGAAAUAUUUUCGUUAUUGUCAUCGGUGACGAAAACAACACUGAUUACUACAUUGAAUCAAAAAAGAGCAUUUUGUAGUGAUUUACAUUAUUUAGACACUUGAGUCUUCAUCAAGAAGUCUUUAUCAUACAGGAGUCUCACAGGAUCUUACAAAAGUCUUAAAAUUACUAAUCUUGAUAAAGUCUCUUAAAAAGGCUUUGAAAUCUGUCUGGUAGUUGUUACAUUCCUUGAUUUCAAAUUAUGAUUCAUGGCUGGAAAUAGUGUAUAAAAAAUUGACUAUCAUUCAAGGAAUUGCCAAUUUUCUUCUUUGCAAAAGUUAGAUGUGACCAUUUGCCGCAAAAAUUUCAAUUCUGUAGAGUGCCACGCUCAACAUGACUCAAAAGCGCGGAUUUAAACCUCUCUCCCUGUUUUUAUUUUGCACCGAUUGACCACGGAAAACUGGAGAUAUCAUCUUUUAUUUUCAUAAUUGAAAUUAUUCACUAUUCUAAUGAGGAACUGCUUUCUCCACUAGAGGACACUCAUGCUCUUUGGACAAAUAAUGCUUCAUUUCUGUCAUUUAUUUCCUCUCACCAGAAUUCAAUGAUAUAUAUUUUUUUUAAUUUUGUUAGUUUAAUGUGGUUAUGUAAUGGGUUAUUGUCCAGUAUCAUCAUAACAACAGUUCAUAUAGAUAAGUUUAUGAUGAGAGAGAAAAAAUACCAUUUUUAAAAAAUGUAAGCAGUUACUCACAAUGUUACUCAUUACUUGUGUAUUCUAUUAACCAAAUACGUUUUUACUUGUACUUCAGUACAUUUUUUGACAAUUACUUUUAUUUUUACUCUAGUAAUAUUAUUUUGAAGUAACGCUACUCUUAAUUAAGUAAAAUUUUUGGCUACUCUACCCACCUCUGAUUACACUAUACCUAAUGUUGUGGCUGGUCAGUGUUAUUUUCAUAUCCUGACAUUCUGCUAGCAAAGGUAUCUGUUGUUGUUUGCAUGAUAAGCACAUCUUUGUGGUUGGGAUUGUCUGCAUGUUGCAAAAUUUAACCAAAUUAGUGUCUAGGCUGUGGGGAAAAAAGAGUUUGUCAUGAUAAAAAGCCACACUGCGUGAUUAUUAAGCACACUUAUAUACAGUCGCUGACAAAAGUCUUGUUGCUUAUCCAUUUUGUAGAAACAAUUGCUAAUAACCUGACUUUAGAUUAUUCAAUUGGUUUCAGAAAUGGCUCAUAUGAAAGCUAAGAC